AAAAAAACUCUUAAAAAACCUAUCGCCAGUUUGCCGCUCGCCAGAGCCAAACUCUAAAGUGCAUUCAUUUUCUUCUGUUUGUUUAGAAAAAUGCGGUUAAACUAAUUCGGAGAAACAAAAGCAUGAAAAAAACGCGAAGAGGAUCGUAUUGGAUAGGAACUGCAGAGAUGGUUUUGCUUUCGCGGAUCAAUAAGCUUGCUGAUGCUGCUUCUGUUACCAUGGGACCUAAUAAAGAGCUUUAUGACAUGAUUGAUAAUAAUACUGGAGUAGUGUUGAUUAAGGAGAAUAAGCGAGAAAUGAUAAAAUCUGGAAUAUUGGCUAUCACUAAUGGAGCUAACCCUGCAUCGUUAAAGAGGGUUAUGGAGAAAACAGUGAAAGAAUUGGCCGAUAGGUUGAAAGAAAAAACUGUAGCUAUUGCCAAAAUUGGCCCCGAUGGAGUAAUUUCGAUCGAAUCUUCUUCAUCUUCUGUAAAAACUAAUGUUGGGCUUACUUCCCAAGUUUCUGUUGCCAGCCAUUCUCAAAAGCAUAUACAUAAAGGAUACAUAUCACCACAUUUUGUCAUGAACAAGGACAAAUCUAUCAUGGAAUUUGAAGAUGCCAGAAUUCUGGUGACCGAUCAAAAGAUAUCCAUGGUGAAAGAGAUUGUUCCUCUGCUGGAAAAGGCAACGCAAUUCAGUGUCCCUCUCCUGAUUGAUAUAAGUAUAUAA